AUGUCGUGCGAUUCUUCUGCUACAGGAGGAGCUGAGGGCGUGUUUCAACAAAUUCACCAAUCAGUUCUGAAGCCUAUGUUAGAUCAAUACUCAACUUGGGAUUGUCAUCCAGUAGAACAGCCAUUGUCAUGCAACGUUUAUUUACACAACUAUAAUCUACUAUAUAAACUGUUUACGGAAAGGAAUACAAGCAAUGAUGUAUACCAGGAGGCAAUUUAUCGACAAACAAAAGAAGUAAUUAAAGCCUUUUAUUAUAAAUUGGAAAGCGAUUUACCUUCACCUAACAUUGAUCAAAAUAUAAUGGAAUUGCUUUGCUGUAAAUGGGAAGAAAUGAAGUCGAUCAUAAAAGUGGAAAAAAACUUUGUGUCUCGAACCGGUCAGAAGCAUAUGGACUCAGAGAUCAAGAAAUAUUUUGUAAAAACAGUGUAUAAAUCUCUCUCCCUCCCGGUCCGUAAUUCUGUUCGCUUCACUAUAAAAAACUACCGAGGUGGAAGACACGAUAGCUUUUCUCCGUGUGUUGCCCAGUGUAUUCAAAUUAUUUCGGAGUGCGAAAAGAUAAAGCCAACGAGCCCCACUCCUUUUGAGCAUGAUCUCAUCCUCGAUGCGAAGCGAUAUUACGAUAGUGUCCGUCUCUCUUUGUCGUCCAUCCACCAGAUUCUCUCUUCUCUCGACUCUACCUUCGCUCUCGAAGCCGAAAUCAGCACGACAUUCGGCGUUUCGUCGAUCACCGAAGAUCUCCAAAAUACCGCGUUGGAAGGGAUCUUGUCUCGCUAUCUGUCGAGCAUUUUCCCCGACGAUCUGGAGACGUUUUAUCGCUUGUUUGUGUAUGUGAAACGCGUUAACGGAGGCAUUGAAAACUUUUCGGAGCACUUGCAGCGAGAAAUUGUGAAAUACGGGCGAAAACUCUUUGAUCGAUAUCUUGAGACCUUUCAGAACACACAGAGAAAGAAACAAACGCUUUGGGAGUACAUCAAAACGCUUGCUCAUUCCAUGUAUUGUCUUUACGAGGUUUGCUUUGGUUCCACGUUUCUACUUUUUAAGACGAUCCAAAAACGGCUUGACGCUUUUCCCGCCUUUUUCCAGGCGCUUUAUUCCGCCAUCGCCUCCAUUUCCGAUCUUUCCUUCGCCGCGGACUACUCCGUCCCCGCGGGAAUCGCGGAAUACCUCGAUCACGCCAUUCGCGUGGAGAACACGUCGGGUUCCACGUUUUCAGCGCAGCUAACGGAGUUGAUUUUUUUGUAUUCGAACAUCUCGAACAAGGACGAGUUCAUGCACCGCUACGACGUGCUUCUGUCGCGCCGCCUGCUGUGUUCGCGCACGACGAAUCGCGAGAUCGAGCGAAACAUCGUGGCUCGCAUUCGCACGAGCACAGGCGUGAUGUCGGCGAGUUCGAUGGACAGUUUACUCAACGACAUGGAGAACACGAUGAGCGGCGACUUCACGCAUAAAGUCAAGCAGCUCUGCGGCGAACUGCCCUUCGACUUCUACCUGAACGUCCUGACGCGUCCGAUUUGGCCGCAGCUCCCCGAAUCCUGCUUCGAAGAACACGACGAAUCCAUUCAGUUCCCGCCAUCCAUGCAGCGAAUCAUCGAUUCUUUUAAUUCCAUCCCCAAAGACUCCGAGCGAUCCUAUCACUGGUCCUUCGUUCGCGGGUUCAUCACCGCGGAAAUCGCGCUCUCGUCGCGGACCAUCGAGGUUCAAAUGCUACCCGUGCAAUUCGCGGUUAUUUCCCAAUUCCAAGCCGAUGAGCGGAUUUCCGCGGGACAGCUGCUGGAACGCACGGGAAUGAGCGAGAAACUGCUGCUGCAGACGCUGGACUCGCUGACGAAUAGUGUUUUUAAUAUUCUGAAGAAGGUGGGCGGCGAGGCGGAGACGAUGCGGAUGAGCGAUGAAUUCCAGUUUAAUGAGGAGUUUGCUCCGACGCUGUAUACGGCGCGAGCGUCCGAGCAUGUGCCAACGGAGAAGAUAAAAUAUACGGAGUCGUAUAAAGCGGCGAUUCAUCGCAUUGUGAAGAAGCGAAAGACGGUUCUGAUUGCGAAGCUGAAGGAGGACGUGAUGAAGGAAAUGGAGCCGUGGAAUAUGGAUGAAACGGACUUCGACAAGGCGAUGAACUCCCUCUUUGAAAAUGACUUUAUCCAGCGUUGUAGUGAUGAUAAUAAUUCAGUGGAAUUAGCUUAA